AUGAGCGUGAAUGAGCGUGCAGCCGGGGAUGUAACGGAUCUCUGGCGUUAAUGUGACUGUGGAAAUGAUCACAGUUCGGGAUUUUACACUGCAUCCAUCUGAUCACAGGCUGAAUUCAUCACUGAAUCCCAGCACAACCUCAAGCCCAAAUGCAGGAGAAAUGCAGGAGUUUUAAAGAGGACUGUGGAUGCACAGCCAGCAGUAACCUCCUAGGUUAGUCUGGGAAAACCUGUGCACUUCUGCUCCCUCCCCUUUGCACCAAGAGACCACACUCCCAUUGAGGAAAUGGGAGAUCAUCAUCAGGUUAAGACUUCCUUCCUUUUUAUCCAACUGCAGUCACCCUCCAGAGAACAGCAGUGCCAACCUUCUGCUGGCUCUCGGAGCUUAGACACACCAGAGGAAGUAUCAUCAGCCACAGCGGCUGGAGAUGUCACACUGGCCACAGUCGGAGACUUAGAGAGCAUCUAUACCAGGGAGCAAGAAAUUCAACCUGCCUUAGAUGAUACCUUAUUACAGAGUGUGGAUAGUAAACCUAUUCCAGAGGAAGCACCUUCACCACCAUUUGCUGCUGGGAUUACGAAGAUUUCUUCUUCGGAUUCAGAAAGGAUAGAUAUUACGUCAGCUAAGCAAGGAAUCAGUUCAACAUCCAGCUGUGAACGUUUAGGAGAUAAAACAGAUUCUCAGGAGUGCUUCAGUUACGAUUUCAACAAAUCUGAGAAGGACCACUUUGUUGACCGCUUUGUUGAAUCUUCUGUUCGGCUCUCGGGUCAGGACCCUACUGAAAAUAUGAGUGAAGUGGUUCAGCCUCCAUCACUUGAGGAAAACUUUCCUAAACCUUCUAUAGCUUCCAGAGCGAGUUUCCUUUAUCCGUCAACAGCACCACAUGGUCUCAACCCGACGCCCACUGGAGUCCCUCCAGCCUCUAGUUUUCCGAGCACACAUCGGCCACCGCACAGCGGCUGGGUGCACAGUGCCAAGCACAAGGAGGAGACUGCUGCUCAAGAAAAAGCACCGACAAUGCUUAGCAAGAACCCCGAGAGGACCACGUUUGUCUCAGCUGUCAUCCAGAGGUCCUCGAAGCUCUAUGAGUAUGUCUACAAACCAGCACUUAGUUCUACUGAAGUGACCUCUGAUGCUGAGAAGUCUUCUGAAAACCUUUCUCUGGCUGUAGUAGGUGCAGCGAAACCAAACCAAACUGCACUGGCUGCAGAAUCUCUGCACCCUGAAAAGGAACCGUCAGCCAUGAAUCGGUCUUCAGCACCAGAAAAGGCCGAAACAUUUGUUUGGAUCAACGGCUCCUCCUCGCACGCUAAGAGCGUUGCCAAGGCCAAGUACGAGUUUUUUUUCGGAAAGACGCGCAACACUUCACCAGGCACUGCUUCAUGCGACUCGGACCCCCAGCUGGAGGACGACAUAUUCACAAGCUCUAACCCCGCCAUCCAGGAGGAUGAGCUGGACGAGACGUCGGUCUUUCAGGAGAUCGACAGAGAGUUAGCCGAGUUACUGAGCGGCCUCACGCCCCGAACCCGUGAUGUUGCGGCGGCCGAGCAAAGCAUCCAAUCAGGAGACGCCACCGCAUCAGACAUGAUCCCCUGCAACGGGACGCCUCCUUCUCCCCCGGGCACCGCCCCAGAGCUCCAGAACGGCACAUCGGAUUCCGAGCAGAAAGAAAAGCUGAGCGACCUGACGUUCGGCUUGUGGUGUGAGGCGCUGAUUCAAGACCCGAGUUCGGCUCAGGAGCUGCACAGUGCGAGCCCCGUUCUCGACCCAGACGCCAGGAAUGCGGCCACAAGCCAACACAAACUCGCGCCGGUGCCCGUUAUGGAAAAGAAGGAGGGAAGCGAGAGCGGAGCCUCGUCCCCGAGGCUUCUGGACGUCUCUUUGGACGAAUCCAGCAAAAUCCUGUCCGAGAUCCCCGGCAUCUUCAGUGCCUUCCUGGACGGGGCCAAGGUGCAAGAGAAACCCCACAAGAAGCUGCGCUUUGUGGAGGACCAGGCCGAUGCAGAUGGUUUUCUAAACGGAGAGGCUGAAGAGAAGGAACCGAUGACUCAGGACAUGGAAAAACCUUCUCAGGACAACGUGCUCAGGGCCGCGGUGCCGGUGCUGUGCGUUUCUCAAGCGGCCGAAAUUCGCUCAGUCAGGCGUGUUGAGGGCCGAGCCAGCAAGAGUGAGGAGGCCACGGACAUGUUCAGCAGUCAGUUUGAGAGCAUCCUGGAGUCGGAACGGCUGUGCGCGACGCUCUACAGCAGCCUGGACUCGCUCGAGGCUCUGUCUUCCUCCGCCGACGAGACGGACGCUCAGGCCGAGCCAGCGCACACACACCGGGUGGUCGAGAUGCCCCUCACGCCCAUGAUCCAGCAGCGGCUGAAGGAAAGCAGCCUGUUUAUGGAGGCCAGGAUCAGGCACGAGGAGCUGCUGAGCGUCAGUGCCACCGGGAAGAGCGGAAAAGCAGACCUGGAGGUGACUUCCUCUUUUCUGAACACAUCCGCGGGUCACUCGAGGAGUGGACAUGGACACGGGGCUUUGGCUAAUGGCACAAUGGGAAAGGACACAAGCGAUUGGCUGCAGAGCUGGACCAGCAGCGAUGAGGGGUUGAAAGACGUGCUGUCAGACUGGGACUUGGACAUGGGCAGCACCGAGCAACAGAAGGACAGCAACGACACACUGAACAACGGGCACCGCAGCGACCAGGAAGCAGCACGACGCCUGGCGCGCCGCCUUUACCACCUGGAGGGCUUCCGUCGCUGUGACGUAGCCAAGCACCUGGGGAAGAAUAACGACUUCAGCAAGAUGGUUGCCGAAGAGUACCACUUUUUUGAAUUCACAGGGAUGACAUUGGACCAGUCGCUCAGAUCCUUUCUCAAAGCUUUUGCACUAAUGGGUGAAACCCAGGAACGAGAGCGGGUUUUAAUCCACUUUUCUAAUAGGUACUAUCAAUGUAACCCCACCAUCCUCGCCUCACAAGACGAAGUGCAUUGCCUUACUUGUGCUUUAAUGCUGCUGAACACAGACCUUCAUGGACAGAAUAUUGGGAAGAAGAUGACAUGCCAGGAAUUCAUCACCAACCUGGAAGGCUUGAACGCGGGACAAGAUUUCCCCCGAGAUCUCCUAAAGGCAUUGUACAACUCGAUCAAGAACGAGAAGCUGGAAUGGGCAAUUGACGGGGACGAGUUGAAGAAGUCGCUGUCUGAACUUGCGGACACCAAGAACGACAACGCCCACACCAAGAGCAUCAGCAGGAUCAGCAGCGGCAGCAAUCCGUUCCUGGACAUCGCCCAUGAUCCCAACGCUGCCGUUUACAAAGCAGGCUUCCUGGCUCGGAAAAUCCACGCCGACAUGGACGGCAAGAAAACCCCUAGAGGGAAGAGAGGCUGGAAGACAUUUUAUGCUGUUCUCAAAGGCAUGAUCCUGUAUUUACAGAAGGACGAAUUUAAACCAGAGAAGUCCCUCUCUGAUGAGGACCUGAAGAACGCCAUCAGCGUGCAUCACGCCCUCGCAAUAAAGGCUGUGGACUACGAGAAGAAGCCCAACGUGCUGAAACUGAAGACGGCCGACUGGAGAGUCUUCCUCUUCCAAGCCCAUAGCCCCGAGGAAAUGGAGUCCUGGAUCAGAGUCAUCAACUCGGUGGCUGCCAUGUUUUCCGCACCUUCUUUUCCCGCCGCCAUCGGAUCGCAGAAGAAAUUCAGCCGCCCGCUGCUGCCAGCCACCACCACCAGGAUGUCACAGGACGAGCAGCUGAAGUCGCACGAGGCCAAGCUGAAGCACGUCUCUACAGAAUUAGCCGAGCACAGGUCCUACCCCCCCGACAGGAAGGUCAAAGCCAAGGAGGUGGACGAGUACCGCCUGAAAGAGCACUACCUGGAGUUUGAGGAAAACCGCUACGAGACGUACGUGAAGCUGCUGAAAGACGGCGUGAGAGAGCUCCUGGGUGCUAAAGAGAACGAUGCAGCUCUGAAGAAAUCCCAGUCCAGCCCACACCUCAACCAGGAGUCCCAGCCGGCUGCGGCCAAAAUCAAGCGCAACACGUCCGAGAGGAAGGACUACCGUCCCGAGACGCCUAAAGUCACAUAGGCGGCGUGUCUCCGCCCCUCCCCCCCACCCCCUCUUGAAAACAAGAGCCAUUCUUCACAACACGUGAAUCUAUUUCAAUGUCAUUUAUUAAUCUGCCACUGUUGUAAACGGAAAACUGUUGUGUAAAAUGUAAUCGAAUUGAUACUCGUCCUCUUUAGAUCGACCCGUGUUAGUGUAGCUGUUCGUAGGAGACAUUACAUCCGUGUGGUCCUUUCAUUUCGUCUCAGUGUCGUCGAACAUCGUCGUGAUUCGUCCCCCCGCGGCGCGUCGCGUCUCGAAACUUUAUUCGACAGUCAAGCGCCGAUUUUCGCAGCAGUUUCUUUGUGCAUACAGUAGGCAGCAGACGUGUUGUUUUCUCCGAAGGUCAUUUUAGUACGGAAAUGAAGUGAACGAUUUGAGAACCACAGUUUAGAAGCAUGGAAGGCUUCCAGAAAGAACUGACAGGAGACUCGAAUUUGUGUUUUUCCUUUUAAGUGAGAGAAACGUUCUUCAAGGAUCUCCGAGGUUUUAUUUUUUUGCAUUACGGUGAUGCAUCAGGAUGUACAUAAGGAACGAGCGCACCGGGUCGCGAUCCGUAACUCGGCACGGUCAGCGGAUUAAUCCUUUAAUGCUAUAGCAAAAUGUAAAAAUAGACCCAAAUAUUUCUCACACACACACACACACACACACACACUUUUCAUUCUCAGUUAUACCAGCAUGUUACAGCAGAUUAGAAACUCAGAAAAAAAGGCAGUUUAUUAUUUUAUAACGAUGAACCCGAGGUACUUGCGGCGAUCAUUUGAAGCGAAGUCGAGUUGUAUUUACAAAAAAAAAACUAACGCGGCUUUUCAGACUUGAUGUUCGUCAUCGGUGCAGGCGAGCCAAUUAUUUUUUUAAACUCUUCAGAUGAAAAAAAAGUAUUCUGCUUUUUUUUUUUUUUUCUUUUUCCGCAUAGUGUAAAUGCCAACGCUCCUUGUAUUUUAUAAUCUUAUAUAUUUGAAUUUAUAAUUCUCAGUUCAGGACAUUAUUGUUGUAAAGAUGAAAUUAGUAUUUAUAGUGCACUUUAUGACUUAGUUCUUCAGUUUUGAGUAUUUAGAGCUUUAUUUGAAAGAAAAGAAAAAAAAAAGUAGUAGCGAUGCAUUUCUCGGCUACAUCACCGUUUUUUUUUCAGGCCGUGCGUAUCGUGUUUAGCUUUAUCGAAGGUACUGAGCUGAAUGUACUUUACUUUUCUCUCUCUCUCUCUCUCUCUCUCUCUCUCUCUCUCUCUCCGUCAGCUCGAGCUGUAGUGUCUAGUUUGUCGGUGGUUCCGUAGUUUUGCCCUCGGUAUGUUGUUGCGAAGACGAAGUUUCCUUUCCGGAGGCUGUUUUUUUUAACGAUGCUGUAAAAAAAAAAAAAAGGAACGCAUUCUCUGAUAUUGCUGUUGAUCGAACACUAGGAAAAUAUUUGACACUUCCAUUGCUAAUUGCACAAGUGUUUUUCUUUUUUACGUUUCCUCCAUCGCAGAUCCACAGUUUUCAGCUAUCGAAAGGGUCGACUAAAUUUCGAACGCGUAUCGAUUAAAAACUAUAGUCAGGCAUGUUUGAAGAUCUUUCGAGUUAGUUUAUGCAAAUCCCUCCAGUCAUAAACGAUGUUUACUUGAACUACACGUAUUGAAAUAUGUAGGACACUUUAUUUUUUAUUAUAUUUAGGAUUUUUUUUUUUAAGAAUUGUUUUAUUCGAGUACGAAUAUGGAUUAAAAGUGAGCAGAAAAGUGUGGAUAGAAUAGUUACAAGCUCAUUUAUAACAAUUUAACAAUUCGGAUGUGUUUUUAUUUUUCGUGGCGUUUAUGCUACACGGCUUCAUUCUUCGCUCAUACCACUAUUUUGAAGCGACAAUGAGGAUUUAAUUAUUAUUAUUCUUAGAAUUAUUAUUAUUAUUGAAGCACUUAAUAUCUACUUUUAGCUUUCUGCUUUCACUUUCAGCUAAGCUAAUGUCCAGCAUUUAAACUAGUUUCUAAUUCUUUUUUUUCUUUCUUUUUUUUUUUUUUUUUUAACUCUCCCACAUUCUGGGAGUUGAAAUAAAAAAAAUCGACGAGCUCGACACAUAAGUACACGUUCUGACCAAAUAGUUUCCCUUGUAGAUAGAGAAUGUUUUUAAUUUUAGCAGUACUUCUUUUAGCGAUAAAAAGUAGUUUUUAGGAAUUAGUUUUAUUAGCAAGAGGACACACACACACACACACGCACUGAAUCUGAAAACAAGCGUGUGCGUAUGUUCAUUUUAAAUGUCGUUUUCGAUGUUUGAAUCACAGUUUUUUCUUAAUUCCACUCACACCGACUUCAAGUACUAACCAUAAUAAUCCAUUUUAUUCAGACUGGAAUGUACGAAACUGGACGGUGUACAUUCUUUUGUUCUUCGCAUAGACUUUAUUGCCUUAUUGAAAAAUUCUCAAAUAGCUCCAAGCUUUUUUCAGGUUGCUGUAGCAAACCUCGUGCUGAAGUUCCAGUCCAGAAAACUUAAUCCACAAGAGCAUAAAGGUGAUGCAAACAGAAUCGAGACCCCAUCAGGACACGUCCGAUGUAUUUAAAAGAAAUGGACAGUUGUCACGAUGUAAAAACCAGAUAUGACGUGGUUCAGGAGAGGGUUAAGAUUUGGGUCAUCGGACACCAUUCGGUGAGGCCGAGUAUAAAACGUGCCCAUUGAGUCAGACAUUGAUCUUUAAACUCUAUAUUCUCAUGUCAUCGGUGUUCGGAUGAUGCACCUUAGCCUUCUGAUGAACCGUUUGGUCUCCAGACACCACUUAGAAAUCUCUCUCUCUCUCAAAGCUGUGAUCUUGUACAAUCCUUUAACUCUGUAAAUGCUGUUAUAUUGUACUGUUCAAUAUAACUGUCUCCCUGUGUUCAAGCGGUCCCACUUUCCUGCUCGUUCAGAGUGGUCUCUUGGCAUGAGAGCGUGUCUUACGCCCUGCCGCCAAGAUCAGGGACACAGUGCUGGUGUCAUACAAACUGUAGACGGUUUCAGUGAAUAAAAUACAGUAUUUAAUUCAA